CGUUCAAAAAGAACGAGUCACUCGCGAACAGCACAUCACUAGCAUAACCGUGUGCGCGCUGAAAUCUACGUCCACCAUAUGACUUUUAACAUUGCCCAACAACGGGCGAAAUGGCGCGAAAAGGGUGUGUUCGCUGCUGGAGUUCGCGGCAGUCGGACAAGCAAUAUUCACCAUCGUAGAACGGAUGAAGCCUGACCUGGAAUGUGACGCUAACUGAAGCCGGCUCGCUUCAUAAAAGCCUGAGUACAUCUAGCUCGUUUCGCAGUAUACCACUCUGGUGUCGCCUUUUUUUUCUUUUCAAGGAUAAAGUAUUUUCAACCGACUUUACGUUUCCCCUGAAAAACGGAUGAGGGAACUCCGGUCAGGCACAGAGUUUCUAAACCUCGGUUUGGGAAAAGUAAACUGAAACAUGUUGAUGGUUUGUGGAGGAAGGUUUCAGCCAGAUGUACAAAGAGAAGUACUGAAAAGAAACCCCACAUUCCUGGAAUGAACGUAUUGACAUCAGCAUCUCUGCCAUUUAGACUAUUUAUUUCUGCCAGAAGUCUGUUAGACCAGUCGGAAGAGUGGGACAGUGAGAGAGAGUUAUUUGAAUAAAUUGUCGUCAUCAUAAGUAUUUCCCCCUGCUCACCUCUCCUACUACAGCCUAACCCAGGGUUGUCCCCUCUGGCCCCGCCCCCUGGCUCUGAGGAGUCGUCCUGCCACGUCUCCAUGUCGUUGCCCUCAGCCUCCCAGUCCCAGUCGCGGCUGAAGUACGUGUCCCUGGGAGUGCUGGUGCUGCAGACCACCUCGUUGGUGCUCACCAUGAGGUACUCGCGCACGCUGCUGGGCGAGGGGCCGCGCUACCUAGCCUCCUCAGCCGUGGUUUCGGCCGAGCUGCUCAAGAUCCUCACCUGCCUGCUGCUCGUCUUCUACGACCACAGCUUCAGUGUUCGGGCAUUGAAUCGUGUGCUGAAUGAAGAGAUUCUCAACAAGCCCAUGGAGACGUUGAAGCUGGCCAUCCCAUCAGGCAUCUACACACUCCAGAACAACCUGCUUUAUGUCGCUCUGUCCAACCUGGAUGCUGCUACCUACCAGGUGACGUACCAGCUGAAAAUCCUGACGACGGCCUUGUUCUCAGUGUCCAUGCUCGGGAAGAGACUCGGGCUCUACCAGUGGCUAUCUCUGCUCAUCCUCAUGACUGGUAUCGCUCUCGUACAGUGGCCUACAGAGUCUCUGGGUGGGCCAUCUUCGAAGCCUCUGUCUGCAGGCUCCCAGUUAGUCGGUGUGAUAGCCGUACUAAUAGCCUGCUUCUCCAGUGGCUUCGCUGGAGUCUACUUUGAGAAGAUCCUCAAAGAAACCAAACAGAGUGUAUGGGUCCGCAACAUCCAGUUAGGUUUGUUUGGUCUGGUGUUUGGUCUUAUUGGAGUGUUUGUGUACGACGGAGAGAGAGUGAGGGAGUCCGGAGUGUUCCAAGGCUACAACUCACUCACCUGGACCGUUGUAGCCCUGCAGGCUCUGGGCGGGUUGGUCAUAGCAGCAGUCAUUAAGUAUGCAGACAACAUCCUGAAGGGCUUCGCCACGUCACUCUCCAUCAUCCUGUCGACACUCAUAUCCUACUUCUGGUUGAAGGACUUCGACCCUACCAGUGUGUUUUUCCUGGGAGCAAUGCUGGUCAUUGCUGCCACCUUCCUCUAUGGCUAUGAGGGCAAGAGGCCAGCCGUCAACCACAGCAAAGUAUAGAGGGUCUCCCCUCCACCACCCCACAGCCCAGGAACCCCAAAGAAGAGACACACGGAGAAAGAUGGAGGGAGGAAUAUGUUGCCAAGAAGUGGUGCUGAGCAAUUAACCAAAAUGUCGGUUAUUUUUCAGUUUUAAAACAACUAAUUGACUGACCUUAGUUCAAUUAUUUGAAUUUCAUUCCAUUGAAUUUUUUAUUUCUUUGCUCAAUACACACAUUGCACUGCAGUUUCUAUAGAGAUAAAUAAGACCAUGCCAGAACUGUGCGAUGUAGUAAGGAGUUGUAGUUUCCAACAGGCCAAUGUUCUUCAUAGUUUAGUGCAGAAAACGUGAUAAUUAACUAGAAAGACCAUAAUUCAUUGCGCAGCUAGUUUUCUGGUCUGUUUCUUUUACGCCUGCAACGUAAGAGACAGAGGGAUGAGUGAUCAAGAGUGCAUACAUCUGAGAGCAGUUGCUUGAGGUAUUGGUAUUUAGUGGUCAUAAAAGCCUGCCUUAUUUACUGUGAAGAUCUACAAAAUAGAGAUUUGUCAGAGAGCAUAGGCAGCAGCUCUAUAGAGAUGAUGACUUGGAAUGAAAUAAUAACGUCAUCAAAUGAAACAUGCAAUAUACACAGCUAAAAUAUUUUAUUAAAGUCAUCUGAAUAACUGAUAGUUAAUAAGCAGUAAUGUGCAGUCACUACCAUCAUAGGACUUUUUUUUAUUUUUUAAUAUUCUGUGUUCCAGCAUUCAACCCAGAUAACAUACCUGCUAAAUAUCUGUAUGCAACCAAUAACAUUUGAUUCGAUGUAAUGCA